GCUCUCGCGCGCAGAGCCAUCGCUGAUGGCAGCAGACGGACUGUGGACGAUUCCGCGCGUGAACGACUCGACGCGGACGGAUUAACGCGCGAGGAGAGAGAGAGAGAGGGAGAGAUAGAGAGGAGAGAGAGAGAGAGAAGAGAGAAGGGCAGAGCGCUCGCGGAGGGAGAAGAGGGGGAGAGUGACGGAGAGGCAGAAGAGGAGAGCACUCUCUCUCUCCGCGCUCUCUCCGGGCUGGAGGAUGGCGGAGGCGGACGGAAAGGCCGGCUGUGGCCGGCAGGGGGCGCUGGCUGUGGGUCUGUCUCAGCCCGCCGGGUGGCGCUCUCUGCUCUCCAUCACCAUCCUCUUCUUGGCCUGGCUCGCGGGCUUCAGCUCCAGGCUGUUCGCCGUCAUCCGCUUCGAGAGCGUCAUCCACGAGUUCGACCCCUGGUUUAACUACAGAUCGACACACCAUCUGACCACAAAUGGCUUCUAUGAGUUCCUGAACUGGUUUGAUGAGCGGGCGUGGUAUCCUCUGGGCCGGAUUGUUGGUGGGACGGUCUAUCCUGGUCUGAUGGUAACGGCAGGUCUGAUCCACUACACGCUGAAUCUGCUCCACGUCACUGUCCACAUCCGGGAUGUUUGUGUGUUUUUGGCCCCUGUGUUCAGCGGACUAACAGCCAUCUCCACCUUUCUUCUGACGGGGGAGCUGUGGAGCCAGGGCGCUGCCCUGCUGGCUGCCUGCUUCAUCGCCAUCGUUCCCGGAUACAUCUCCCGCUCCGUCGCCGGCUCGUUCGACAACGAGGGCAUCGCCAUUUUCGCCCUGCAGUUCACCUAUUACCUGUGGGUAAAGUCUAUCAAAACCGGCUCAGUCUUCUGGACCAUCUGCUGCUGCCUCAGCUACUUCUACAUGGUCUCAGCGUGGGGAGGAUACGUCUUCAUCAUAAAUCUGAUUCCUCUUCAUGUGUUUGUGCUGCUGCUGAUGCAACGAUUCAGUAAGAGAGUCUACAUCGCCUACAGUACGUUCUACAUAGUGGGCCUGGUCUUGUCCAUGCAGAUCCCCUUCGUUGGGUUCCAGCCAAUCAGGACGAGUGAACACAUGGCUGCAGCUGGUGUGUUUGCUUUAUUGCAGGCCUAUGCAUUUCUGCAGUAUCUGAAGGACAAGCUGACCCGGCAGGAGAGACAGUCUCUCUUCUAUCUCGGAGUUUCUAUAGCUGCGCUUGCUGUUUUCCUAUCUGUUAUAUACCUCAGCUUCAUAGGUUGCAUCGCGCCGUGGAGCGGCCGGUUCUACUCCCUCUGGGACACUGGCUACGCUAAGAUCCACAUCCCCAUCAUAGCCUCCGUCUCAGAGCACCAGCCCACCACCUGGGUCUCCUUCUUCUUCGACCUGCACAUUCUGGUCUGCACUUUUCCCGCAGGACUCUGGUUCUGCAUCAAGAACAUCAACGAUGAGCGAGUGUUCGUGGCUCUGUACGCGAUCAGCGCCGUGUAUUUUGCGGGUGUGAUGGUGCGUCUCAUGCUGACUCUGACACCCGUGGUGUGUGUGCUGUCGGCCAUCGCCUUCUCCAGCAUCUUUGAGCGUUACCUAGGCGACGACACAAAGCGGGAAAACCCCCCAUCGGAGGACAGCGGUGAUGAGGACGACCGAAGAAACUCCGGAAACCUCUACGAUAAGGCCGGUAAGGUGCGUAAGCAUGUCUCAGAGCAGGACAAGGCGGAGGACGGAUUGGGGCCCAACAUUAAAAGCAUUGUCACCAUGCUGAUGCUGAUGCUGCUGCUGAUGUUCGCUGUACACUGCACCUGGGUCACCAGCAACGCCUACUCCAGCCCCAGCGUGGUACUGGCUUCAUACAACCACGAUGGGUCCCGGAACAUUCUCGAUGAUUUUCGAGAGGCCUACUACUGGCUACGGCAGAACACAAACGAGCAUGCGCGAGUGAUGUCCUGGUGGGAUUACGGCUAUCAGAUCGCUGGAAUGGCCAACAGAACGACACUGGUGGACAACAACACCUGGAACAACAGUCAUAUUGCCCUGGUUGGGAAGGCGAUGUCGUCAAAUGAGAGCGUAGCGUACGACAUCAUGAGGAUGCUGGAUGUCGACUAUGUGCUGAUCAUCUUCGGAGGUGUCAUCGGCUACUCGGGUGACGAUAUCAACAAGUUUCUGUGGAUGGUGAGGAUAGCAGAGGGAGAACACCCAAAAGACGUACGGGAGAGUGACUACUUCACCCCUCAAGGAGAGUUCAGAGUGGACAAGGCCGGCUCACCGACUCUGCUGAACUGCCUGAUGUAUAAGAUGUCCUACUACCGCUUUGGAGAGAUGCAGCUGGACUUCCGGACUCCGCCUGGUUUCGACCGCACCAGAAAUGCUGAGAUCGGAAACAAAGACAUUAAGUUCCAGCACCUGGAGGAGGCCUUCACCUCCGAGCACUGGCUGGUCAGAAUUUAUAAAGUGAAGAAACUGGAGAACCGAGAACCGCUGGGCCACAAGCCACGCGUCACCAACACCAUCCCUAAACAGAAACACACGUCCAAAAAGGGUGCUAAACGAAAGCGUGGCUACGUCAAGAACAAGCUGGUGCUAAAAAAGGGCAAAAGACUACACAAGAAAUAAGUCAGUGCGGGACUCGACCGCCAGAACCAAGAGGGUACGACAGAAACUCAACAAAGGGAAACUCAGAGCUUAAUGAGGAGGAAGCAGCCAAGAUGCAGAGCGUCCCUGUUCCACUGCAGCGUUGCUGUUCAGAUGGCGCCCCCAUGUGGCAGGAGGCAGAAUGUCAUAUCUGGCUGCCUCACAUCACACCUCAUCAUUUCUUUUCAUUCUUUUUUCAUCUUGUUUCACUCUUUUUUUAAUCGUAAUACUUGAAUGUAGGCUUUGGAGUUCAUGUUUGCUCAGAAAAUUGUUUGGACACUGUAGUAAAAUGAUCCUUAAUCUAGUCGAUAUAUCUAUUAUUUCCCAUUUCGAGAUGGUUGUGCACUUACCAGAUAUCUAGCUUAUUUCUAGACACUUUUACUUGUUUAAGUAAUUUAGUAAUUUAAGUAAUAAGUAAGUAAAAUGAUGUCACAGAACUGGCAAAUAAUUUAGCUCGUUUCACACAGAUUUUGUAAGCAAAUCAUCUGCCAGUACAGUGAGGUAAUUUUACUUAAUAAAAUUAUUUAAAACUAGUGAAAAUCUUUCUGUAUAUCUAAAAUUAAGCUUACAACAAUCUCAGCAGGUGAAAUGCUAUUUUUAUUGACUACAUUCAAGAUUAUUUUACUUCACAAGACACCAUUUGCUGCAGUGCAGGUGAAGAAAUGGCCUGUUAGUGCAGGUUCUAAUUACACGAGUUACACCAAAGAGCCCUUGAUUACGCCUGAUCUCGCUUCACCGUCUGCGGCUGAGUGAGGAGCUGGUCAGGCUGGUUUGAGUUCCUGACACGUUUAUCUGUAUGCGGAAUGGAGGAACACACCCUGGCAAAACUGAGCUCAGUUCAUUCUCCAGCAGCUCUGCAGGCACUCUCUGUAUCAAUGACGUUUGAAAGGGUUCUAAGAUACUGGCCUGUUGCCUCUUUUAAGGUAUGUGUUUAUUUUUGUUGUCUUGUUUUUUUUAGUCUUUAUGAUGUAUUUUAACAGGGUUUAUGGUUAUGAAUGCAAUAAUCAUCAAGCUGGAUGUUUUUCAUGAAUGUGAAUUUUGUUUCCUUCUAGCCUGGUACAUUGAAUUCAGUCAAUUUGAGCAAAAAAAGUCAGAUUUUCAGAUUUUUAUAUUUCAUUCAGCCCAUAGAGUAAACACAUACAGUCAUAUGCAAAAGUGAAAUUACAUGUUCCAAGUUAAAUGUGGCAUUUAUCUGCAAAUUUUAGUGCACAAUUUCUGCUUUUUUUUGCAGUUUUACUUUGGAAAAAAGUCAAACUUACCCAAAAAAUGUGCUAUAACUGUUGCACAAGCCACAUUUUGUAUUCAUUUCUUCCCAAUAUGUUACAUUCAGGAAAUAAACAGUAAUUGUGCUUUAAAUGUGGUCUCUGUAGAGGAUGUACUUAAGAAAACAUGUCGUUUGCAUACGUUUGCAUUUGCAUAGGACAGUAUAUUGUCACUCUUAUAUAUGAAAACAGAAUUUUUCAUUGUGUGAACCUUUUAAAAUGUGGAUGGACCGACACAAAGGGUUCAAGAUUAAAAGUUGCGUUAAAAGUUCAGAACCAUUUCUCCUUCUUACCAUUUUGGAGCUAAAAGGUUUCAUUAUGGUAAUAAUGAUGAAUGUAAUGUUUGCUGCCUGAACUGCAGUUUCCAAGUUGCUCAAUAAACACAUUGUGUACAUGAUAGAAAGACCAGAGGUUCUCCAACUGUUCCUCAGUGAGCCUUAGAUGAUCUACAUUUUUGCUCCAACUCCUAGGGAUAGAUCAAAAAUGUGGACUAUCUGGGGGCCUGGAGGGCUGCUUUGAGAGAAGUCUGAAGUCCACUGUUCAAGUUCAGGCCCCCUCAGAGCUCUACUCCUAAAUAAUUAGAGGGUAAACACAUCAAUGCGUGCUCAUAUUUAGACAAGCUGGCUUCGUUAAGUCAGACACACACACUGCACAAUCGUAGCCCAUAUUUAAAGCUGAACUCGCAUUAGCCGACUCUAGAAAUGGCUUCAUUGUCCACCGCUUGACAGGGAAGCAAUUACCUGCCGCAACGAGCUCCGACCAAGCAGCCCAACUUCCAAACGUGUUUCUUAUAGAAGAUAUUUUGGUUGUUUGUCUUGCUGUUUGAGCCGUUUACACCAACCAGUUUUCCCAGUCACACAAACACAUUCACAGCUACUAUACAGGUGAUGGCAUGUAGGCUAGCAAAACAGAGGCAAAAAUGAUGGCAUUUGUAAACUCAUAUGUUCCAGCUUUGCUCUGUUUGACUGAAUGGAACAAACAGAACAAGAUAUUGAUGUGGUGAUUUUAUAAAUGAUCUAGCAUGGGUGUCCUGUCCAGUACUGGUCCUGGUCCUGGAGAUCUGGAGACGUAACACACCUAAAUCAGGUAACGAAGGCCUUCAUGGGCAUCUGAGUAGUCGAGCCCAGGUACAUUGGGUCUGAGCUAUCCACAGCAGUAGAUCUCCAGGACCUGGGGCCAGAUUCACAAAAGCGUCUUAAGAAAGAAAAUCUUCUUAAAUGUUUGUUUUUUUUCUUCACUUCAUUCUUAAGAAAAACGUUAUGAUUCAAAUAACUUCUUGUGAAUUCUCUUCUUUUCUUAACUAUUUUCCUUCGAACAAUUCUAAAAACGUGUUAUUCUUGAAAUGGCUUCAUUAAGGAUGUUUUCCCACAUCAAACACAGACUGUUCAUCAUUUUUAAGAAGUCUUAAACACUGUAAGCAGAUGCAGAACGUAAUUACCUUCAGUUCCAGCCUCUACAGCUCUCAUAUCAUAUCCUUAUUUUCAUGCUUUCAUUUAAAACCUCUACCAGGAAUCCUCUAACAUGGCAGCCAACUGUUAGGAGAAAUGUCUAAAAAUAAAUAUCAAUAUUAAAACCAAUUUUCUUAAGCAGAUUGUGGCUUUAAUGAGGAACUGCACUGAUAAACACCUUUCUCUGAGCUUUAAAGCCCACAGAAAAUGAACAAUUAGCUCUGUGGGUUUUCCCAAAUUCACUUCUCGACAUGUCCUCAGCUGUGACCGUCCACAAUGGACCGAGGUCUGUGAGGUUUCUGUAUCACUGCUCAUUGUAAAUACAAAGUGACUUAACUUCUCCAUAAAUGGGGCGUGACUACAAACAUAGUUUUAACUGUAUUUGUUGAGAACUUCCCCAUUGUGGGACUAAUAAAGUAUUAUCUUAAACCUUUGUUGCUUGUAGUAUCCUUGGUGCGGAUCUACCGACAGCAUCUGGGGAAAUAUCAGAGCGGUCAUUGGUGAAACAUCGCUCCUUCAACAUUAGCAUUCCAUAUAGCAGCAAAGGCUGAUGUUCAGUUCCUGCAGGCCGAGAAUUUAUAGAGAAAGUACACAUCGAACUAACAACCAUGCUUAGGGUAGGAUAAAUUCACUGGGCUGUUCUACAAGCAGCCAGCGUGACAGAGAACUUCAGAAUGUUCAUACUAGCUUGUAGUGACUGAUUUAGUCAUGGAACACAUCUAUUUUUCAUCAUUCUAAGAAAGUGAACUUGUAAAACUGGAGAAUCUCAUCGGCCUCUACCUUUAAGCAGGAAAUGUUAGUCUGAAUGCUGAGAAUUUGCACAUUUUAGAGGAUGCCUCUGUGGAGUGCCUCACGGCUCAAUACUGGGCCUAAAAAAGAUUUUUCAGAAGAGUUCAGACUUUGAGCCCUUUCACUGUGUGCGAUAGGAAUUCACUAAUCAAAAAGGCUGAACGUCUGACUGUCAUACUGCUGAAUAUGUAGAAGCAGCGCUUUAUGUUUUGCUGUAUCCGGUCUCUGAAUGUUUAUUCCUGUAUAAUUUCUUCAUGUAUGUCUGGGGACACUUUGUUCUUCUCUGCCAUUGUUCUGCUUGCUGUAUUUGUUGUAUUUAUGUG